AUGCAACAAUUGUUCGAAGCUCACGACAAAUUAGAAGCGUUGAAGGUUACGAAAGGAAUAAAGCCGCAUGCCACACCGAUGACGCUCCGCUCACGCGCCAAACCGUCAUCAUCCCAGCCAACCACAGACACCAGCUCGAGAUUCGAAGACAGAGCCGGCCCUUCACGCGCCAUUAGAAGCAGUAGUCAAGCUGCCCGCACGCUGCCUGAGCUCAACAUCUCCCCGAUCUCCAGAGAUGAUGAGAUGGAUUUGACCGAA